UGUGGAUCUCAUUAAUGAGUAUUAACUCUAAUUAUUUCUUGCAAAUUACACGGUGCCUUCCUAAUUUAUCCCUCGCCAAAAAUUUCUCCAGACUAAAUUCAUAAUCAGUUUCUAAAAAUAAAAAAAUAAAAAAAUAAAACUUUUAUUUGAUUUAUUCAUUUAUGAUUUUUUUAUCCGUUUAACAUAUUUUAUUCCGUUUCAUUUCUCAGAAAAAUCCUCUCUCUCUCCUAUCUCUUUCUCUCUCUCUCUAGAAGUUUGGUAGUCCUGUUUGGUUUGCACGUCUUCCAUGGCUUCCGCUCCCUUCUCGCCCAAUCCACAAAUCCUCCGACUCUUUCGCCCCUAAAAUCCCCUGCAGAUAUUCGUCUCCUCUCUCUCUAUCUCUGUUUCUUGAACCCGUUACUCGCAUAUUUACUAGCCAAGAUCAAGCUUCUUUAACGUCAAUGGAGUCGUACGUUCAAUAUAAAUACGAAUAUACUCGCAUCCCUCAUCAUCCUUGACCUUUCCCUCUCCUAGCAUCGUUGACGUUUUCUUUUCUUUCCCCAUUUCCGCGACCCCAAUUUUCUCGUCUGCUGCGCACAAUCAUUUCCCCCAAUUCCCCAAUCAUCAGGAGAUCUGUUUCUUCUUGGCUCGUCUGAUCCGAUUCGAAUCGGGCAAGAGCACUUUGCGAUGACCGGGCAAAUAGUGCUCCGGUCGCCGGCGGUUAAUCGGCGGCAGCCGCUGCUGGCGAACAGGCCGGGCAACCCCCCGAAGGAGAAAAGAACAGUCGGGGAGAUGGCGGGGGGAACGACGGCUGAGUGUGCGGCGGUAUGCUGCUGCUGUCCGUGCGGGCUGAUGAACCUGCUGGUCCUGGCCGUCUAUCAGGUGCCGAAGGGGCUGUGGAGGAAGUGCAAUCUGCGGCGGCAGCGCAGGAAGAGGGAUGCGCUGCUCCGUCAGAUGCCGUCUCUGCCUACUUCCCACUGCGACGAUACUGAUCCGUUGGGGAUGGGAGAACUGGGGCCGCCGGAUAAAGGCGAUGGCGCGGCGGAAGCCCUCGAAUUGGAGAAGGAGAUGCGGGACCGGUUCUACGGCGCCGGGUUCUGGAGGAGUCCUUCGCAGAGGGGAACCUAAAUGCAGGAAUUGUAGAGAAUUGCAUGACCGGGAAGAAAAGCAUUGGAGCAGGUAGCAGUGAUCAGGUGGAUCCGAGCGCAGGGAAAGAGUGCGAACUUGCGGAGAUGCUGACACGGUCUGUCUCGUGGGUGGCUGGUUGGAGUGUCGGGCUCUUAUGGGCACUGGAUGGGGUUCUGAUUUGAAGCUCAAUUGGUAAGAUGCCAAUUGCCACUUCGAAUGGUUGUGCUCUAGUGUAAACCGUUUGGCUUCAAAGAAAGUCUUUUCUCUUUAAGAAAAAGAAAAUCAAAGAAAGAAAAGAAAGGAAAGAACGAGAAAAGGUGAAAAAUGUAUUGUAAGAUUCCAUGAAAGUUCUCCACUUGAUUCUUAUCCUGAAUUGAACUAUUAUCCAAACCCAUUUGUUAAAAGGGAACCAUUGAGUUAAAUUUUUACAUGUUAAAUUUUACGGCGCA